UCCCCAGGUGGCCUCGCUGCCCCAGCCCGGCACUGCGAUGGUGCUGUUCGACAACCUGUCGUGCCACCACUCCAUCGACGACUUCCGCAACCGCGUCUACUCCUCGCUCUACUCCAUGAUCAGCGUCCUGGGCUUCGUGGGCAACGGCGUCGUGCUGUACGUGCUGAUCCGCACGUACCGGCAGAAAACGGCCUUCCAGGUGUACCUGCUGAACCUCGCCGUGUCCGACUUCCUGUGCGUGUCCACGCUGCCCCUGCGCGUCGUCUACUACGUGCACCGGGGGGACUGGUUCUUCGGGGACCUCCUGUGCAGGGUCGCGUCCUACGCGCUCUACGUCAACCUCUACUGCAGCAUCUUCUUCAUGACCGCCAUGAGCUUCUUCCGCUGCAUCGCCAUCGUCUUCCCGGUCCGCAACAUCAACCUGGUGACCGAGAGGAAGGCGAAGCUCGUCUGCGUCGGCAUCUGGGUCUUCGUCACGCUGACGAGCGCGCCCUUCCUGCGCAACGGCACGUACCAGCACGGCAACAAGACCAAGUGCUUCGAGCCCCCGGAGAACACCCACAAGACCAACAUGGUGGUAAUCCUGGACUUCAUCGCCCUGUUCGCGGGUUUCAUUCUGCCCUUCGCCGUCAUAACCGUCUGCUACGCCAUGAUCAUCAGGACCCUGCUGCGGAACUCCCUGCGCAAGAACCAGGCGAACCGCAGGAGGGCGGUCUGGAUGAUCGCCAUCGUGACGGCCACGUUCCUGGUGAGCUUCACGCCGUACCACGUGCUGCGCACGGUGCACCUGCACGCGCUGCGGCUCCGCAGGGCCGGCUGCCAGGACGCCGUGUACCUGCAGAAGGCCGUGGUGGUGACGCUGCCCUUGGCCGCCGCCAACUGCUGCUUCGACCCCCUGCUCUACUUCUUCUCGGGAGGCAACUUCAGGAAGAGGCUGACCACGCUGAGGAAGGGCUCCUCCUCCAGCUUGUCGCAGGCCUUCAGGAAGAAGCUCUCCGGGAAAGAGAAGGAUGAGGAGCCCUUUGGAGAAAGCCAAAGGGAGAAUGGAAGGGAAGCUGCGGGCUCUUCGUGAGGAGGUUAGACCUUCCCAUGAGGUCUCAGGGCUUUGGAGAUCUCAGAACGCUUCCAGGAGACCUGAUGGGGGCUUGCAAGCCUUUGGUGUAAUUAAAUAUGUCAUAAUGACUGUGGACAGUUCAUGGCUUGGUGAUAGAGCCCCUUCCCCAGGAGCGCUGCUGGGACAGGCACAGCCACGUAGGACAGAGAAACCACCACCAGGACAGUGCUGAUCUGCUGAGAAACUCUUCAAAGCCUGUGUUUGGGUAUUUGCUUCAUUUCACAGCUCUGCCCAGAGUGUUAAUUCCCUGAGCCAGUGGGAAAUGUAAACACAGUUCGCUGUUCACGGCGCUCAGGGAGCUCCCGACAAACAACCAGGGCAGAGUUUUCACUGAAUCUUCCAACAGCCACUCAAUUAUUUAUACAGCAGAGCCCGGGAUAAUUCCAGCCCUGCUCCAGCUGCCUCUGCCUGGGAUCUCUGUUCUCAGGAUCAGGAUGUGUGUGAGCCCUGCAGGGUUGGUACCCGGGUCUGCAGAUUGGGAUGGGCCCCUCUCCCAGCCCCAACAGCAGCUUUGGUGGGCAGCAGAUUUGCCAGGAUUUUCUGAAUUCCCAGAAAAAUCUUGUUUUCAAAUUGCAGCGUCUUACUGAGCGGGAUAACUUGGAUUAAGGGUAAUAAGGAAACUUAUUUCAGUGUGACUGGUCCUGUGAGACUGCAGGGUCUGGGUUAUCACUCCAGUUCCUCAGGAGGUUUUAGGUCAAUGGGGAGCUCUGGCUGCUCAGAGUCCAGUGCAGGAGCAGGUUCACCUUUCUCAACAUCAGCCAA